UAUUCUUUAAAUUUUCUUCACCAUUUAAAAGAUUAAAAAAAAAGACUUUCAUUGGGUUCGACAUAGACCCACUGAGAAUUAUGGGCUGAACAACUUGGACUACCAACGAAAAUCGAUCUGGGUCUUAAGACCCAUCAUAAGCCAACGCCUGCAAAUUGCUUAGGCAGAGCCCAGACGUCAACCGCAGGUACGUUUCAUAUUGUGAGUUUUUGUGGGUCUGCAAGUAUAUUUUAUUUUCUGUAUGAAAGGGAGGGAAGUGCUUGUUAAUCUGUUUGAAGCAUGUAACAGCGGGAAAUCAGUGGCACAAUUGCACUCUCUGACCCUUAAAGCUGGCCUCGCCCAUGACAGCUUAUUUGCCACAAAACUCAACGCUUUGUAUGCUAAAUACGAGUCACUUGGUCAUGCCCGCAAGGUGUUCGACGAAACACCAAACAGAACCGUCUAUCUCUGGAACGCCACGCUCAGAAGCCAUUGUAGAGAGAAUCAAUGGGAAGAGACCUUAUAUCUCUUCCAUAAUAUGAUUUCUGAUUCAAGAGCCAACGAUGAAAAGCCUGAUAAUUUCACAAUACCCAUUGCUCUGAAGGCCUGUACUGGGUUAAGGGCACUUGCAUAUGGCAAAAUAGUACACGGGUUUGUAAAGAAACAUGAGAAAGUUGCAUUGGACAUGUUUGUGGGUUCUGCAUUGAUUGAAUUGUAUUCUAAAUGUGGACAAAUGGGUGACGCUUUAAAAGUGUUCAACGAAUUUUCUCAACCGGAUGUGUUUUUGUGGACUUCUAUGGUUACUGGAUAUGAGCAGAAUGGCAAUCCUGAAGAAGCAUUGGAAUUUUUUUCCCGAAUGGUGAUGGUGGGGCGCGUUGAUCCUGACCGAGUGACCCUUGUUAGUGCUGUUUCUGCUUGUGCUCAGUUAUCAAAUUUUAGACUUGGAAGUUGUUUACAUGGUGUUGCUAUUAGGAACGGAUUCAACUCUGAUCUAUCUUUAGUUAAUUCAUUGCUGAAUCUCUACGCAAAGACAGGUUCUGUCAAGACUGCAGCUAGCUUGUUCGGGAAAAUGCCAGAAAAAGAUGUUAUUUCUUGGAGCUCCAUGAUUGCCUGUUACACUCACAAUGGGCCUAUACUAGAAGCAUUAAAUCUUUUCAAUGAAAUGAUCAAUAGGGGAAUUGAACCUAAUUCAGUAACUGUGGUUAAUGCAUUACAAGCAUGUGCAGUGGCAGGUAAUUUAGAAGAGGGUAAGAAGAUCCAUGAACUUGCUACUAGGAAAUGUUUCGAGUUAGAUAUCACAGUAGCUACAGCUCUGAUUGAUAUGUACAUGAAGUGCUUAGCACCUCAAGAAGCUUUCGACCUUUUCAAAAGAAUGCCCAAGAAAGAUGUGGUUUCUUGGGCUGCAUUGUUAAGCGGGUAUGCUCAAAACGGAAUGGCAUACAAGUCAAUGGGGGUCUUUCGCAACAUGUUGUCAGAUGAAACUCAACCUGAUGCUGUUGCUAUGGUUAAGCUUCUUACAGCUUGUUCGGGAUUAGGGAUUCUUCAACAAGCUCUUUGCCUCCAUGCUUAUGUGAUUAAACGGGCCUUCAAGAAUAACAUCUUUGUUGGAGCUUCACUCAUAGAGUUAUACUCAAAAUGUGGUAGCAUAGACAUUGCUAACCGAUUAUUCGAAGGGAUAAAGGACAAGGAUGUUGUUAUUUGGAGUGCAAUGAUUGCAGGUUAUGGAGUUCAUGGACAAGGAGCAGAAGCUUUAAAAGUUUUUGAUAAGAUGGUUAAGCACUCAGCUGUUAAGCCCAGUGAUGUAACAUUUCUCUCUGUUUUAUCUGCUUGUAGUCAUUCAGGUUUGGUUGAAGAAGGUAUCGAGAUAUUCAAUAUGAUGGUGCGUGAAUACCAACUGAAACCUGGACCUGAGCACUACGGAAUAAUAGUUGAUCUUCUUGGCCGCACAGGAGAGCUGGACAAGGCCAUGGAAAUUGUUGAGCGUAUGCCAAACCCAUCUGCGCCCCAUGUUUGGGGAGCCUUGCUUGGUGCAUGCCGGAUUCAUAACGAUACCAAGCUUGGAGAGGUUGCAGCGAAGAGUCUUUUUCUGUUAGAUCCUAAUCAUGCAGGAUAUUACAUACUGCUCUCAAAUAUAUAUGCCAUGGACAAUAAAUGGGAGCAUGUGGCGGAUCUUAGAACUUUGAUAAGGGAGAAGGGGUUAAAGAAGAUGUCCGGGCAGAGUGUCGUUGAGGCGGGGGGUGACAUCCAUAGUUUUGUAGCUGGAGAUAGACGUCACCAAGAUUCUGAUCAGAUCUUUGGAUUGCUAGGAACAUUAGAGGUGAAAAUGAGAGAGGAAGGUUAUGUUCCUGAUGUUGAUUUCCAGCAACAUGACAUGCAUGGAGGAUGUUUCACAGAUUUGAAGUGCGUAAAAGCCUAAGCUAAGGUGGUUUAAUAAACCAAUUGAAUGUUAAGCCUCUAUGUCAAAUGCACCUGAACCCAUUUGAAGUGAGAUAUGCGGUUGCUUUAUGAUCCUCAAGUUGCUUUCUGACUCGAAAAUUGCUGACCUCAAACCCUAAAGUGAGUGCGAGGUUGACGGUGGACAACGCAAUGGUUUACCAAACCCUAGAGCAUUGCCUUAAAGAAGAAAUGAUUUUUUUUCGGUUCAGAAACCCUUACUAUACUUCUACAUUAAUAUUGAGAACUCGAAUUUUUAUUUUUUCAUAAUAUUAUGUGUUUUUAGGGGUAGCAAGAAAGCCUUUCCGUUUAGCUAGUGGCAACAUCUUUGUUCAUGUCUGUUUGAAGAAAAGGAAGAGGCUAAAGCCCCAAUCAAAUUAUAGGCAUAUUGUGAUUGUUAAUGGUUUCUUCUAUUAUAAUAUUUUGACUAAUUUAAAACAUGAUAUCAAAUUGGACAAAUGUUUUACUUCGAAUUAACUGUUGGAUGUGUGGUUUAACAUUAAAGACGAGGUACUUUAGGGUUUCCUUCCAGUGUUAAGUAUUGUUGAAUUUAUAGUGAAUUAAUACUUAUCAAUAUCUGUUUUGUAUGUUUACUGAAAGAUAUCGAUGCUCGCAAUUCUUGCAGUUGAAGUAGUCAACACUUUUGAAAGCGGUUGGGUGCUUCAAUGAAAACUAAGAAGCUUGGUUGAGGAGGAUACAGUGAGUUAUGUAAGGGAGCCUUACCUGUUGCUGUUGGUGGAGAAACUGCAAUAAAAUGUUGAUAUCCAAAAGUCGGCCCAAUACUUUGGAAAUAGCCUCAGAACUUGGCAAUGUAGAGAUGACAUGACAUGUACGUUUGAGAUUUCAGUGAGUUGGGGCGUUGCACGACAAUCAAGUUUCGGUGCGUCUAGCUUUUCGGAGAGGGAGAGUACGGACACACAUGACCAGAGUAAUCUAUCCAUAGCAGGGGCAUAUAUAUUUUCUCUGUGUUCAAAACUUUGGCUAUAUGUAUAUAUAUAUAUAUAUAUAUAUA